GCAGAUGUCUUUGUCAUGCGGCUGGCCGUAGCAUGCCGAUCCUUGCGGAAGGCUGUGGCUCAGUCAGGAACGACUCAGCUUGGGGGACCUUGGAUACAAGGCCCUGGGACUUGGCAACCUGCUGGGCUCUUCCAGGCUCUGGGACUAGAAGGAUUGGAGCGGCUUUGCCUGCCAGCAGUGACGUUGAUGUGCGAGGUCGCCUUCAAGAACACUGGUGAGGUUCUUGCUUUUCUUGAUGCCGCCAGGGGUCUUGCAGCCGAUGCCGAUGAUGGGCACGUCUUCUUCAGCAAUUUUAGAUUUAAGGUGCGUGAUGUUGAGUUCAUGUUUUCGGGCUAUGAUGACGGCGACGAUUGCCGGUGUGAAGCAGAGCCAUCCAUUGACAUGUUUGUCGGUGACGUUCACAUACAGGCUAGCUUGGAGGCCUUGUGCAAUGAGGAGGAUCCAACAGGGCCACCGCUCUUCAAUCUUUCUGUCUUUCAAGAUCCCAUGCCGGCCAUUGCAGAGACUUGCGUCGAGAUGCUGGGAAGCAGCCUGCUACUCCCUGACUUGAGGUUAGUUUCGUACGAUGGGUGCAUCUGCAGCGACCAUGGCCUAGACAGCACUUCGCCCUUGCUGCUCCACAUGCGCAAAGGGAAUCCGCUGCCAAUGUUCUUGGCGUUCCGCAUAGCUGCUGGCGAUGUGCAUUAA